CGAAAUUCGACGUGCCUUGGUUUCGAGGCAAACAAACACAAUCACACCCUCAUUCACACUCAUUCACACUGCUGCUGCUGCUCUGGUUGGUUGGCGCACCACCCCUCGUCACUCGCUCUGACCAUAUCACACGCGCACCUACGUACAUGCGCAUACGCACGCAUCAGCAUACGCGUACAUAAGCACGGAAACGCAAAGAAAGCAGAAACACCUGCAUUUACAGCAGCACUACGCUUACCACCGUGCAAACCACACACACAGACACACACACACGCACACACAGUCGUCAUGUCUGAUGAAGACGACUUUGCCCAGUACAGCUCCGACUGGAGCGAAGAGGGUGAUGGCCACAGGUCACCGUCCCCUCGCCAUUCAACUUCUCAGCCGCGGCGCAAACCGAAGCGCAGCCAUACCUCGACAUCCUCAAAAUCAGGGGCCAAGUCCUCGUCGCGGCGCACGCGGAAGCGGCCGGUGCAGUCUGCGGGCACGCGGCAGUACACGGCCGAGCUCGAGGACAAGCUACACAACAAAGACAUGCAACUGCAAGAGCUGAAGAAGGAGAUGAAGGUGCUGCAGGAUAUUCAGCGGCGACAGGAGAAGGCCCUGGACAAGCUGGAGGGCAACGACUCCGAGCUGCCUCAGCGGCUGCGGCAGCGCGAUGAAGAGAUCCGGUCCCUGCGCGAGCAGCUGCGCAAGGCAAAAGACACCGUGCACACGAUGAAGGAGAAUCAGCGGAAGAAAGACAAACAUCUGCAGUCGAUCCGCGACAAGACGCGGCAGCUCGACCAGCUGGUGCAGGACAAAGGGCUGCGGGAACGCGCGGAGCUUGAGAGCGAACUGGCAGCAAUGAAGCAGCGCGUGCAGGAGCAAGAGGAGGAGAUGGGCCGGCUGCGGCGCAAGGCUGAGCUUGAGGAGAAGGCACGCGUGCGCAUGGAGCAGCAGGAGGUGAAGAUGAAGGCGGCGCACAAGGCCAAGGUGACGGCGCUCCAGCAGCAAGUUGAGGACUUGGAGGCGGCGGUGGCGGAGAAGGACCGGCAGCUGGCCGGACUAAACAUCCGGAGCCAUCUGAAGACAACAACAUCCGCGUCCAGGGCAGUGAGCCGCGCAACCACCACGCCCGCACCUGCACCCCUGGAUCUGCACAGUAGCCACGACGACAGCGACAACGACGGCACUGGUGAUAGCACAGCGUCCAAGCUCCCGACAUCACCAACACGCGGGAAGGCGUCGUCGCCAUUCAAGAGAACGGCAUCGCCAGAGCCAAAGCGCCUGCCACAGCCCCCAGCACAGACACAGACACCGAAGAAGCAGGAAAGCACGCCCGCACAUGUGGCAGAGCAGGUGGAGGAGGUGGUGAGUGAUAAGGAUGAUGACGGUGAUGGGGACAUGAACGUGUCAUCGACACGCACUGUGACGCCGGCCACGAACACAAAGAGAGCGCAGGAGGAGGAAGAGGAGAGGGCCCGCGGAAGAGCGCAGGAGGAGGAAGAGGAGAAGGCAAAGGCAGCAGCAGCGCAGCAGGCGGCGUUGCUGGCCGAGAAGAAGAAGAGGGAGGAGGAGGAGAAGGAGGAAGAAGCAAGGCGUGCAGCACGCGAGAGAGAAGAGAGGGCGGCAGCAGAGGAACGGCAGCGGAUGGAGGAGGAAGACAGAAGAAGGAGGGAAGAGGAAGAGAGGAGGAAGCGGGAGGAGGAGGAGGCAGAACAGCGAAGGAAGGAGGAGGAAGAAAAGAGGCGGAGGGAAGAAGAGGAAGCAAAGGCUGCCAAAGCCAAGGCACAGCGGCAGCAACAGAGCGAAGCAGAUCGCAAGAAGCAGCAGCUCCUGGCCAUGCUCGGCAAGAUUGAUGCACAGGGCGGGGCGGGGACGACGGCCCCCAAGGACAACAGCGACGACAGCGAUGACGAUGGCAUUGAGGAGGACAUUCCAUCGCUCGGCGGCCCGGCACCGGCUGACACCGCACGCGGCAGCACGAAUGAACACCAGCAGCAACAGCAGCAGCAGUCGUCGCUCCCCUGGUUGAACAAGGAGCCGCGACAGCGAGGAGCACGACAGCCGUCUGACGCCAUUGCCAACAUGCAUCGGGGACUCCCUGCCCGCCCAGACCUCCUCGAUGACUUCAGGCAACGGUCCGGCCGCCAGCGCGCAAGAAGAGACAUUGAUCUCUCAAAGCCUGCGCUUGAGCGGGACGGGGCCGGGUCGAGUGUGCGGUCGUCAUCUCUGGCGCCGUCCAGCGGACACAAGCUCGACUUUCUCAAGAGCAACGCGCGUGCCACUGCAUCAGCACGCAGCAACCCCGACCAGAGCACGCGCGCACAGGGCAGCAGCAGCAACAACAACAACAACAACAACAACAACAACAACAACAACAGCAGUGGUGGCGGUGUUGUUGAUUUCCUCAACACGAAGCCCGACAGCAGCGGCGCGGCGCGUGCGCGUGCGCGUGGGAGUGGCGGGGGUGUGUUUCCGUGGGAGGCGAAGCAGCCGUCUGCAGGCAAGGGCAGAGCAAAUGCUGGCGACAACAGCAGUGCUGCAUACGCGCCAAGCUUCACGGCGGCGCCAGCAAAGGCGACGACGGGCGCACGAGGCGGAGAUGGUUUGCUUGCAGGCAAUGACAGUGGCACAAGUGCGAGCAGUGCACCCAAGACGCUUCCGUGGAUGAACGCGGGCGUGCGGAGACGAACGACACAGCCACCAGCGCAACACACCUUUGACGAUGAUGACGAUGAUGGCAUUGAAAGCAUCGAACUUUGA